UGUGCAGUUUUCUUCUAGACAAGGGGUCAAAAGACAAAGAAGCUAGCCUAACCAAUAACACACUUAGCGCAUACUUUUUUAUGUUUAACGUUGAAAAAAAGCCCUUAACCGUGGACUGAGCUGACGCUUACAUUGUCUCUUUUGUAGUCAUGUUUUAGCCGGCUAGUUGUCGUUAAUGGUUGACGGUUAGUUCGGCUGUUGUCAUGGUUGACGUCAGCACAGAAAAGCAGGAAUUGAAGACUUGAACAUUCGACUGCUCAACGGUCGUCGCACAAAAACAAGCAACGUUAACUAACAAUUAGAAAACAUUUCGCUCUAUGAGGGAGUCACCUGAAGCUAAAACUACAUCACUGCCGCUGCUGAGAUGAAGAGACUGACCAAGAAGAAAGCUCUGACUCUGGUGAAAGAGUUGGACGCUUUCCCAAAGGUUCCCGAGAGCUAUGUAGAGUCUACAGCCAGCGGUGGGACAGUGUCUCUGAUAGCAUUCACUCUCAUGGCUGUCCUUGCCUUCCUGGAAUUCUUUGUGUACAGAGACACAUGGAUGAAGUAUGAGUAUGAGGUGGACAAAGACUUCAGCAGUAAACUGAGGAUAAAUGUUGACAUUACAGUGGCCAUGAGAUGCCAAUAUAUAGGUGCAGAUGUCCUGGAUCUGGCUGAGACCAUGGUUGCUUCUGAUGGGCUAAAGUAUGAACCAGUCAACUUUGAGCUCUCUCCACAGCAAAGAUUGUGGCACAUGACUCUUCUGCACAUCCAGGAGCGUCUGAGAGUGGAGCACGCUCUCCAAGACGUGCUCUUCAAGGCUGCAUUAAAAGCAGCUCCUCCUGAUGACCCUCAAAGCCAGGACAGUUCCACUCCUCUUAGUGCCUGCAGGAUUCAUGGACACCUGUAUGUUAACAAGGUGGCAGGAAAUUUCCACAUUACUGUGGGCAAGUCCAUCCCACAUCCCAGAGGCCAUGCUCAUCUAGCAGCCCUAGUUAGCCAUGACAGUUAUAAUUUUUCUCACCGGAUUGACCACCUGUCCUUUGGAGAAGCGAUCCCUGGAAUUAUCAGCCCACUAGAUGGCACAGAAAAAGUCUCACCCGAUUCUAACCACAUGUUUCAAUACUUUAUCACCAUCGUGCCCACCAAACUGAACACCUACAAGGUCUCUGCAGAAACACAUCAAUACUCUGUCACAGAGCGGGAACGAGCGAUAAACCAUGCUGCCGGCAGCCAUGGAGUCUCAGGGAUCUUUAUGAAAUACGACAUCAGCUCACUAAUGGUGAAAGUCACUGAGCAGCACAUGCCUUUCUGGCAGUUUCUCGUCAGACUCUGCGGCAUCAUUGGAGGCAUCUUCUCCACCACAGGCAUGCUCCAUGGUAUGGUUGGCUUCUUGGUUGAUGUGGUUUGCUGUCGUUUUCAAAUGGGAAUGUACAGACCUCUUAAGGAAGAGGCUCCUCUGAAUAUGCAGGAAAACAGUGAGACCCCGCUUCCAACAGAAAACUACAGUCAGUAAAGAGAGCUCCCUACAACUCAGCUGCAGCCGACCCACAGCUCACCAUCUUGGCCUAACCCACAAGACAGCAACGAGCAAUGGGAAUAUGUUUACAAGUUGUUUGAUCAUGAAAAAUGUCCCUAAUCUCUUGAGAGAUGUGUAAAUAUUUUUAUCAUUUUUAAAAUUUUUAUUGGUGGGUGUAUGUAUUUGUGGGUGAUUCAGACAAUUGGUCAUCCGCCUGGGAAGGACUGUAAUCAAUACCUCCACUAAUCUUAUGUCUCAAUCACUGGAAAGCUGCAGCACCAGGAGGAUUGAACAGCAGACAUUUUGACUCAUUAUAGGAGAAGCACAGGUGUUACUGAUAACAUUAACGAUGGCUCAGUCCCAGUAAGCCCUGACAGCGACCCUGUAUGCACAAUACCAGAAGCUGAAGCAGCUAAAUAGAAUUCAGCUGUUCGUUAAUUUCAUUAUUUACACCUGUGCUUCUCCUACCGUGACAUGUCAAAAUGCCUUCUGUGUAAAGGUCUAUUAUUGUAGAUCUGACCUUGUUAAAUACGAGUUUUCCUGGUGUUAAAGCACCUACACAGCCAUGGUCCACCCACACAGGUGUUUUCACUUAAAUUGACAAAUUAAUUACAUUUUAACCCACAUCAUAGUGAAGUUAAAUCAGCCACAACAGAAACAGCUGUGUGGGGGUGCAGAGCCUCUUAAUGGGAACUAUAUAAAAAAUAAAAAAAAAACAGAAAAAAGACCAGGAGUAUUUUAAGUUGUUCCACGAACGUGCCUAUGUGUAAAUGCUUGUUGCAAAUACAAGGCGGAUUUGUUAAAUAAAAAUCCUCUUUCGACUUGA